GGAAGAGGAAGCAUUGGACUCAAGGAUAAUGACAUGUGCCAGGGUUGAGAGUAAUUGAAACUGAAAUCCAUAGGGAAUACAAUCCCUAGAAAAUGCCUUCUAGUCUUUGAAUUUCAGUGGCUUUGUUUUUCUUAUUCGAUUCCCAAGAAUAAAUUGAAAGAGAAAUUUAUCUUUCUGCCACCUGCUCUUUGAACGCAGAACACAACUAAGAUGGAGUUUCAAGACGUGAUCAGCUCUUGGCUCAGCAAAGAAUGCACAGCAUGAUCAACUCAGUGGAUGUGAAAUCAGAAAUUCCUCUUGGAUUAGAACAAGUCAGACCGUUAGAUUUGCGAACUGAUAUCAGAAUGAUGGCACCCAUGAUGGAUCCCUUGAUGCAGGAAAAGCAGUUACAACAGGAAUUAAUCCUGAUUCAACAUCAGCAGCAGAUUCAGAAACAGCUUUUGAUAGCAGAAUUUCAGAAACAGCAUGAGAACCUGACACGACAGCACCAAGCACAGAUCCAAGAGCACAUAAAGUUACAAAAGGAACUCUUAGCCAUUAAGCAUCAACAGGAACUUCUUGAAAAAGAACAGAAACUUGAACAACAGAGGCAAGAACAGGAAUUGGAGAGACAUCGCAGGGAGCAGUGCCCGCCAAUCAAAAGCCGAGAAAGAAGCCGAGAAAGAGCAGUGGCCAGUACUGAAGUGAAGCAGAAACUUCAAGAGUUCCUGCUGAGUAAAUCAGCGGCAAAAGACUCACUAUCUAGUGGAAAGAAUCAUUCCAGUAGCCGGCGCCCCAAGCUCUGGCACAUGGCUUCCCAUCAUACCUCACUGGAUCAAGCUUCUCCUCCCCUUUGUGGAACAUCUUCAUAUAAAUACACAUUGCCGGGGGCACAAGAUGCCAAAGAUGACUUUCCACUCCGCAAAACUGGUUAUGUGGAGAGUCAAGGAGAUCAUCUUGAGGAAAAGGUAGUGUUUGGAAGAGAUUCAGCUUCCGAACCUAAUUUGAAAGUUCGCUCCAAGUUAAAACAAAAAGUAACAGAAAGAAGAAGCAGCCCUUUACUCAGAAGGAAGGAUGGAACAAUGGCCUGCUCAUUGAAGAAAAGAUUAAUUGAGAUGACAGAAUCAUCAGUUGGUAGCAGUUCUCCAGGAUCAGGCCCAAGUUCACCAUGUAAUGGUCCUACAAGAAAUACAGAGAAUGAAACAUCAGUAUUGCCUUUGAAUUCCUCAGCCGAGGUUCCACAACACUGCAUUUUCAUCAAUGAAGAAUCAAUGAACCUUUUGAAUCUCUAUGCAUCUCCUUCUUUACCUAACAUCACUUUAGGACUUCCGGCAGUACAACCACCACUCACAGUAUCAUCAUCAUUUGUAGAAAAACAAAAGAAUGAAAUGCAGUCAAGCAAGCAAGGAGUAGCCAUGUCUAGUCAGCCCAGGGGGACUAUCAGUUCACUUUCAAGUCCUCAGCCCAUUGUUCCAGAGGGAAAACCAAACUAUAGCCAUCAGGCUAUCUUGCAACAUUUGCUGUUGAAGGAGAAAAUGAGGCAGCAAAAACUUCUGCCCAUAGGUACAGGGUCUCUUCAUCCACAGUCACCAUUGGCAACCAAUGAAAGUGUCUCACCUGGCCUAAGAGCUGCACAUAAGUUACCUCGACACAGGCCACUAAACAGAACCCAGUCUGCUCCCCUCCCUCAGAGCACCUUGGCUCAACUUGUCAUUCAACAACAGCAUCAGCAGUUUCUGGAGAAACAGAAACAGUACCAGCAGCAAAUUCACAUGAACAAAAUGCUUUCUAAGUCCAUAGAACAAUUAAAACAACCUGGCAGUUUGGAAGAAGCUGAAGAAGAACUUCAAGGAGAGCAUUUAAUGCAGGAAGAAGGAGCUGCCCCUGUUGGUGUCAGCAUUAGAGAUGACAGCAGUAGCAUUUCUUUGCACAACUUGGGACAACCUUUUGGAGCUGUGAAGGUGAAAGAGGAACCAAAGGACAGUGAUGACGAUAUUCAAAAUCAGCAAAUGGAAUCUGGGGAGCAGUCUGCUUUUAUGCAACAGGUAAUAGGCACAGAUUUAGCUCCAGAUUUUAUCAUUAAAGUGAUUAUUUGAUUACAAUGAUGUUAACAUUUAAAAAUUCCUGAUAAAGAGAAUGUUUCUUAUUUUUUUCAUCCUCAGAAUCCCAAAGAGUUAUGCAAUUUAACAUUCAGCAUAAUUAAGAACACUGAUGUGCCCAUACUUUAAGUAUAGUGAAAAGGUGCUUAUUAAAUUAAAGAAUUCUUGCUGUUGUACAUACAUCUUUUAGUAAUUAAUAGAAGUCAUAUUAGUUAUAGUGGAUUCUGCCUCAUUAGAUCUAGCGGAAAGGAACUCAUUGUAUAAAUUUUCUGUGGAGAUCAGUGACUACUGACCAAAUCUGAGAUUUGUGCUUUUUAUACUCACUCUUGCCUAUCUUUAAAUCAUUUUUGAUAUUGCCUAAUGUACAAUUUAUUCAUUUUGUAUAUGUACAAUAGUAGUCCUAUACACUGUUAAAGGAAGAGAAAUCUUUCCUUUGUUACAUAGAUACUGGUCCAAAUACCAGUGAUCUGAGCUUUGUAUAUAAUAUGAGGGAACCAAUGUAGAAAACUAAUACAAGAAAACUGAAUGUACUUUUUAAAAUGAAUUUUUUUCUUUCCAUUUUCAUUAACUUUAUGUGAUUUUUUUUUUAAAAAGCAUUCUUUUCUCUAUUCCAUUUGAAGGUAUUUGUAGCAAGGAACCUAACUUUUAAGUUAUUAGAUCAUUUCUUGUUAGUUGACUUGUUCUCAAAUGACAGCACAGCACACACUGUAGCAGAAAAGUUUAUAUGCUAAUGACAGUGUCAGUAUGUUUUGCAUCCACUUCAUUCUUUGUUUAAAAGGCAACAACCAUUCAUUACACAGAACAUCAGUCCCUGAAAAAAACUAGAGACAUUCUGCAAAGCAUAAAUGCUUCUGUGAUUAUUUAGAUUCCUAGUUAAAUGUGAAUUGUAAAAUAUGAUAAAACAGCAAUAUCACUGGUAUUUUUUUUCUUAAGAACUAUGAAUAAAAGUACAUGAUGUUUAAAUACAAACACUAAUAUGCCAAGAUUCCGCCCCCAAAGACAUGUAUGUAAUUGUGCCUCCAAAAGGAUUGUGAUCCUUUCAAAUGCUGUAUCAUUGAGAUAAUUUUAUAUGCAGUACAAACAGUUGCUGACUUAACUAUGUCAGUCACUUCUUUUUUCCUGAAGAAUAAUAAUGGUGUGGAGGUAGACAGAAGUGCCUUGUGGAAACAGGAAGUCCAAGUAAUUCAUGCACUUGGAAUGUAAGAACAGAGCAAAGAGAAGCAGAGGCUAGUGUUUUAUUCUGUUUUGUAAAGGGCACUCUGUAAGUUGAUUUAUGUUAAGAGAAAAUAGCACGGUGAAUAGGGAAAUUGUUAAGGAAGUUUUCCAGUGAAACAUUUCCUUUUCUAUUUCCUUUUGAUAUGUUUACUCUGUUGUAGUUUACUUCUGUUUAGCUAAAGAUUCAUUGUAUUAACAUCCUCUUAUGUAUAGUUCAGGAUUGACCUGGAGUGAAUUUUGAAUUUUAUGUUAUAUUGUUUAUAUCUUAAGGUAUUUUAAGAUUCAGUAUACUUUUUAACAAGGGUAUUUUGCCAAAUGAAGAAUGUUCUUCCAAUAUAAGCUGGUAGUAUUUACAUUUUAACCUUAUUUUUUAAAAAAACCAUUAUAAAAUUUUGCAAUGUGUACAGACUAACAUUUUUCAUGUGAGUGUGUGUAUAUAAAUGUAUAUGCCUAUACACAUAAGAUAGAGUAGACAAGCAAAUACAAUGUGUUUAUAAUUGAUUAUUUUCUUACAGUGGACAAAAUUCAUAGCAUAAUGUUUAUGUGCAUCCAGGUUAUUUCUUGUCACAAAUGUAGAUAUUUACCUACUUCAUCAUAUGUAAGCACAGCAAAAAAGGCAGAAGUACUAUGGUGUACAUGAGUUUCUUUCACAGGGGAAAUACCUGGAUAAGAAAAUAGUAAUCUGUGAAACAAUUCUAAAUUCUAAACUAUAUACCUAUACCACAACUGUUGCCUUUUUCAGUAACAUAUAUUGGUUUAUUGUUUUCUUUAGACUUUGGAUUGUUUAUUUGGUGCUAUUUCCCCCACUUCUCAAUAUGUGUAUCUGGCUUCCCACAAGCAGUUUCAUUUACUAAAUCUAAAACAGAAAACUCCAGCAUUCAGGUGGAGGUCCUCCAUCAUUCAACUCCACCAUUCAACUUCUUAAAUAUGUGCUACAGGAGGAGGAGAGGAUAGAAGCUGUUAAUUCAUUGUUGAACUUUGGGAACAGAUUUUUUUUCCAGUAGAGACCAGCUACAGUAUUUCCAUCAAUAUUAUGUACAGACAGACCAUUAUGAAAUUUUAGAAUAUAAUACAUCUUUGGAAGCUAUUCUUUCUUGAACAGAAAUCCUCAAGUAGGCAUAUAAUAUGUAUAAUGUUAUAUGUUAAUAGCAUAAAGAAGGCAUAUAAAGUAUGUCCUGAUCCUACAUAUUUUUGUUUCUUUCUUAGAGCCUUUUAGCUCAGAGAGGCAGAAAAACUGCAUUUUUGAACUACAGUAUAUUUUAUUUGGAUAAGAACCUAAACAUAGAUUUUCUAUAAAAUGUUUCAAAAAUACAUGUAACUAGAAAGAAAGAAAGAAAGGUAUUUUUAUAAUGCAGUUGAGAAAACUUAUCCCAUUCUAGCCAACAAAUUUCUGUGCCAUUUAUUUUUUUCAGAAAUUACCUGAAACCAGUGAAAAGGGAAAACUGAGUUUAAGAAAUUUUAUUUUUUA